UCAGAGCAAAUUAAAAACAAAAGAUUAAGAAAAAGCUUCCUUUUAAAGCAGACCGGCAGCCGAGAAAGAGAGGUCUCCUUGUCCGGACGGCAACCAACACGCACCUCCGACUCCGUGGCGGCCUCGCCGGCUCCUCAAGAGCCGUCGCGCUAGUCCGGCCGGCCGGGCCUUCCCGCUAGAUGCAUGGGGGCCGUCCGCGGCGCAGCGCCGGCGUGGCGGUCGGCUUGCCUGGUGCUGUGCCUGCUGCCGGUCGUCCUGCCGCUGGUGCUCCUCUGGCUGCCGUUGCUCUGCGUCGCCGUCGCCGUCGUCCGGUUCCGCCGCCGCCGCCGGAGGCUGAUGAUGGCGACGAGGAGGGGUAGGUGCUCCUUCGGCGGCGGUGAGGGGUCGACGCUCGAGGCGGUGGGCGCGGAGCACCGGGCGGCGCUGCUGCACAAGUACCUGGAGGACCAGAUGGAGCUGGUGGGGGCGGACGCCCAGGCCGAGGCAGGGGACGCCGGCACGCCGCCAUGGAUCGGCGGCCGAGCUCCCAACAAAGCCAGAGGCAGCAAUAGCAUGGGGGCAAGAAACAGAAGAACUAAUUGGGCGCAAGAGACAGAGCUAGCUGAGCUUGGAGAUCAAGAUUGAUUAAUGAUCUUUGAUCUUCUUGCGUCAUUCUGUGUUCUUGGGAAAAUUUGUUUCUUCUUUCCUCAGUUUCUUUUUCUCUAGAUAGCUUUAGAUGUGGAGAAAAUUUGUGCUUUUGAGAUGUACCGAGAUGAGAUCAUCUCCUUGUAACUGAUCAAGUGCUUGAGGAAGCUGAUUGGCUUCGCCUCUUACUUGAUCGAAAUGCAAGCUCCUUUCAUAUC